CCGCCGCUGCUGCUUCCCCUUCCGGCGUCCAGCCAGUUUCGCUUUGCACUGCAGCAGCCGCAGCAGCAGGAGGGUCUUUGGCGCGGCUGCUGCUCUUCCUCCUCGUCCCCUCUAAUUGCUGCCCCCCAUGUGCGCCUUGUAGGCAGCGGCGGCGGCGGCAGAGGCAACGCCAUGGCCGGCUUGGAGCUGCUGUACAGCUCGGUGGCGCAGGACAUCGCCUGCCCGCAGGACUCCCUGGUCUGCUACUUGCACUGGAAGCUGCUGACGCACGACUACCGCUGCCUGGGCGCCGGAGACCAGCCAGGCACCAAUGAGAAGAAGUCAGAAAUGCUGCCCUCUGGGUGGAAUGCAGACAAGGACCUGUACACCUUGCGCUACAGGUUGAAGGACGACUCCCACGAUCUGCUGGUGAAAGGAAUCAUGAUGGACGGCAGCAUGAUCCUGAAUGUCAUGGAUCCCAAGUCACAGAAAGUGGCAGAUUUGACCUUGAAAGUGACUGACUACAUCAACCCGGAAAACCUGGCUGAUUUUGACAAGGUGUACAAGAACACAGACGAGCUGCAGACUCAGGUCGUCCACCACAUCAUCUCUCCGUUCGAGGCUACCAAAGAGCGGGUCAGUGUCAAGGAGGAGCCGAAGCGUGAGAGGAACCCCUCCCCUCCCAACCCUCCUGACCAUGACCCGCUGUGGAUCCCACCUCGACAUCCCCACGGCAGCCGGCAACCCAACUGGCCAGACCCCUUGGGACCCUUUGCUGUUGGUGGAGACGAUUUGGACCCCUUUGGGCACCGAAGAGGAGGAAUGAUCUCUGAUCCACUCCGGUCAGGAAUUCCAAACCCCAUUAUCGACCCAUCCUCCGGACUCCCCAGUAGGCUUCCUCCUGGAGCUGUUCCUCCUGGUGCCAGAUUUGAUCCGUUUGGGCCCCCUGGGGCUAGCCGUGGCGGGCCCAACCCGGACCAUCUUCCACCUCCAGGCUACGACGACAUGUUCAUGUGAGAGCUGCCAAAGUCCAUCUCUCUGACUCUUGGGGGAGGUCUGUGCUUCUCUCUCGCCCCACAGGCUUCGGUGGGCUUCAGUCUUCCCCCUCGGAGCUGGUUUUCUUCCCGUGGCUCUGCCGACUGGCUUUGGUUUCUUCGCAUAUAAACUGGAAGAGGAAGCUGUGUGUGCAUCUGUGUACUCCAACCCUCCCCCCCACUCUUUCUGCAACACAUUGUUUUGACUCCCCCCUCAGGAGUUUGAAAUGCCUACUCUUUGUUAAGCUUGCCUGCCAUGCUCUGAAGGCCAGUUGGUGUUUUGAGUGUGUGUUAAGGACAAGAUGGCAGCAGAACAGAAUCAUUCCUUUCCUGGUUUUUUUUGGUAGACAGUCGUGGCUGGGAACCAGUUGACCCAUGUUCCAUUCACAUGUUCAGUUAGCACCUGCAGGGGGAAGCGAGAAGGUGCCUGCCAGCCACACCCCAGCUCUGGGGACCUCAGGGUCCUGUUCAGUCACAGCCCCUGAAAGCACCUCCCAGCUUGCCACACCACACCCCCCCCCCCGGUCACUCAAAGGACUGUCUUUCUGCUUCUGCCAAACUUCAGAGCCAGAAGCAGGUGUGAGUGAUUGGCCGUCUGAGACUCUUCCCUUUCUCCUCCUCCCCGAGUAUGCCUUAGGGUGGCACUGAGCCGGCCGGGUAGCAGCUGAAGCAGGAACCCAGAGGGCAGCUGAUGACUCAGCCCUGGAGACAUGUGGGGGCCUCCUUGUCUGUGGUUCUGCCCUCAAGGCUGCCAGCUGUGUGGCAUAUGUGGCUGUGAGGCUUGCAUCUCGUCUUGGUUCAGUAGAACUGUAUUGCUUUGGAAGUGACAAACUGGCUGGUUCCCAGUCCCCAAGUGCCAUGAUUACUUGGGCCCCCGUGUUGUUGCCAGCAAAGUUGAUGCUUUUCUCCUUGGCCCUGUGCCUUUUCAACCCCAGUUGACAUGCAGAAAUCCAGCAGGUGAAGCUUUUCCCACCCUUGUAUCUCUAUGCCAAGAAAUGCUUCACCUCUUCAAUCUCUGCGUGUCGGGCUGUUGUUAAAGGAGGAGGUGCUUCAAAACCGAGUGGAUCUCCUCUGCACAAGAUCUGGCGUACUCUUUCCUCUGCCCCAGCGCCUUCUCCUUAACUGCAAAGGGGUCCUUCCUCUGACUUUCUCGGGGGAAGAAUUAAUCCCCCAUCAUUGCUCAGCUACUGCAAGAAGGCUUGCCCAACCACUUCCUGGUUCAUCUAGAAGUUAAAAGGUCUCCCAACGGAUACUGAGCAGCUGCAAGCAGGUUUCAUGCUCUGCUGAAUCCAUCCAGGCAAGCGGCAUGAUGGACGUGGAGGUUGUUCUGUGGCUACUGGCCAGUAGCAGCUUGGCCCAAUUUUUGGGGGGAGGGGGUGCCAAACAAGGCGCAGGGGCCUGGUUCCUGGUGGUUCUGGCUGCUCCUUUGCCCCCCACCCCACCCUGCCCCAGUGUUCAUGAUCGCUGCUCUGCCUGCAGGCUGGCCGUCCGCUGGAGCUGCAUGGGCUGCGAGAGAGAGAGAGGAGCUGCUGCUUCUGAGGAGGCCAGUACACCAUCAGCCCCAAAGAGCGGGUCAGCCUGUACGACCGGACUGUCUCUGAACCGCCCUGCUUUCUGUCUGCAGCCAGCGGUGGCAUUGUCUGGCUGGUCCUCCAGUAUUGUCAGGUGCUCACAGCUAGAAAACCUGGCUGUGUGCAGAGCCUCCAAGCCAGGUCACACAAGUCAUUGUUAAUGCACUGUGUACUUGGCUUGCAGCUAACUAAGCGACUGGGCGGAGGCAUCCGCUUGGAGCAUUCAGAAGACCAGCCAGCAGGCAGGGGAAAGGUCGUGGGGACCAGUGCUGUGGGUCUUCAGGGCCCAUAUCAGAUGCUGCCACAUAAGCAUGGGAAGGAAAUUGGAAGCCUCUCUGCGUCUGGUCCUGUUCAUUUCGACUCUGGGUUUUUCAAUAGCUUUGGGGGAUUCCCCAGCUACUAAAUUUGCAAGCACCUGAAAAAAGAGAAGACCACUUCUUUCUCUUGGACUGCGCUAUAACAAUGCAAGAAUCAGAAAUGUAAUAGGUCGUGUCUUUUACAAAUUUAUCCCCUUUGCUUGAGUUCUUUCGAGUGAUGGUUGUUGAUUGUUUCUUUGUGUGAAUGCAGAAGGCUGGUUAAUUCAUUAAAAGUUUCUCUUUGAUCUUC